GACCAAAGCAAGGAAGGAAACGCACGAACCUUUGAAGUGCACGACCAUCCCCUGUGUACACGCAUGGCUGUGUCAUGGCGAGUGUUGGUCAACACUGUGCUGCUGAUCACGGUGGUGGGGAACUUUGCGUUCCUGUAUUCCAUGUACAACGCUCCCAACCGAUACCACCCAGAAGGGCAUGGGACUGAUGUCAUGACCAUGUAUGAAGAUGGGGACAUUUCCAUCGCUGGUGGACGUGUGAACAUGGCGACCACGACCACAACCGCCACCACGCCGCAACAUACCAUGGCAGAAGCAGAGGACAAGCGUGCACACGUGCAAUCCUCAGAGCCACUUCGCGUGCGAGCUUACUCCAGCAAAGCAUUGGCGCGCAUCAGCGUGAACGAUGACACUGUGUUGGAGGUUGGCGAGUCUGCGGGCGAAGCUGGGCGUGGUAUCCACGUGGCCGUCAUCAAUGGGCACACGGGUGCGCUGAUGGACACCAACAAGUUUGACACCUACGUCGAGGGCGCCGACCUACGGCUGCUGUCUUACCUCCGAGGCAUUCAUCCAAAUCGCAUCGUCGCGCUUGCAGUUCGCGAUGAAGCCAGUUUCCAUCUCGGGAAUGAUGCGCGCAUGGAACUGAUCAAGAUGGGAAGCAUCAAGAUUGGGCAGUUGCAGUGGCGUGACACGUGGGCAAUGGUGGCGCGGGUCGGAUCGCCGGACAAAACAUCCGAUGCCCUCGCCCGCGCCCCAGACUUCAACCACUGGGGGGAAGGCGUCGAGGUGUCUGCUGAGUUUGAGCGUCAUGCCGAAGACAACGGUUGCAAUUGGCCAGACACUCCCCACUUCAAACAACGUCGCGCGUUCUGUGCGCGCUACGACGGCUACGGCGAGCUGUGCAGAUGCGACCAUCCACCAGCCAUUGCUCCGUCGCCAUCACCUGCACCCCCUCUCCCCAACAUGGCGACGACACCGCUCGUCAUUAUGGCCAGUGAGAAUCGUCCCAAAUACCUCCUCCGCUCCCUUCGCUCCCUCCUCGCCGCACAGGGCUGCAUUCCAUCCAACAUUGUCGUGUCCAUUGAUGGUGUUGAUAAAAUGGAAGCGGAGGACGUGUGCAAACUCGUUGGCGUCACUGCGAUGCGCCAUCGUCCGACGAGCGAAAAGAACGGCCGCAUUUCACAGCACUACAAGUUUGCUCUCACCGCCAUGUUUGAUCGCUUCAAAGAUGCAGAGCAUGUGAUUGUAAUGGAGGAGGACUUGGACGCCGCUCCAGACUUUUUCCGCUUCUUCUCCACCGCCCUUCCCCUUCUCAAGAGCGACCCCACACUCUAUUGCAUAUCGGCGUGGAACGAUCAAGGGUACACCCACUCCACGGGCGAUGUGACGAGGCUGUACCGCGUCGAGACGAUGCCGGGACUUGGCUGGCUGCUCUCCCGUCGUCUCUACAAGCAGGAGCUCGAGCCAAGGUGGCCGGGGCCCGACAAGCUCUGGGAUUGGGACAUGUGGAUGCGCAUGAACGAAAACAGGAAGGACCGCGAGUGCAUCGUUCCCGAUGUGUCACGAACGUUCCAUUUCGGGGCGACAGGCCUAAACGUCAACGACUACUUCCAGAAACUCUACUUUGCCAAGCACCGCCUGAACGAUGACCCGACCGCGGUCGUCAACACGCAAGACAUGACCGCAGAGGCGUAUGACGCGGCCCUCCGUCGGCAGAUUGCGGCGUCGCACAUUCUGGACACGCAGCAGCCGUGUGGCACAAUGGUGCCAGAUGCACUCGAGAACACCAACACGCCCCUCGUGCUGUACAUGACAAUGAAGAGUGCAGGCGACCACGAGACGUGGCUGCAGCUCGCAAAGUGCUGGCACCUGUGGGACCUGGACGUACGCGGAUUUCACAAGGGGGUGUGGCGGUUCUACCGCAAAGGAAACCCAAUUGCUGUUGUUGGCACUCCUUAUUCCCCAUUCUCUUCCCACAAGCCGGACGCGUUGGAACCAUUAUUUAUGGCUGCACCAAAGAAAAAGCAAACGAGAUGAAUGAAUGAAUGAAAGAAUGCAUGAAGGGGCGCCAUACCAUCAAACGACCAAUCCAAAACGACCCUCAAACAAAUUGAUCAUUUCAUUUCGGCCAUGUCACGUUGAUCAUUGGCACAGGCAGGUUAGGAUUGUGUGACUGAACGACAAUUAAACACAGAACACGACAACA